UUUGCUCUCACUUCAUCAGUUAGCAAGUUGCUACAGUUUACAAAAUGUAAUUUAAUGACGCAGAAGUGACAAGAAUGACUCUAACACAAAUGACUUACUUGGAUUACAAUUUUCAAGUUUAAAAUUGAAACGGAUUGAAUUUAACACUGAACCUACAUUUGAAAUGUAUGACAAACUCAAAGUAGGCAGAUUUUUGAGAGAUUACAUUGUUGCGGAUUUGGACGAUCUAGACGCAGUAGCGGACACAACGUUGAGAAAAGUCGCCGAUCCUCUCAAGUUUCCGUUGUCUUACGAAGACAAAGAGGACAUCCUCGAUCUCCAUUGGAGGUUUGACAGUGGAAGGGAUGGGAUCGUGGGGCUCGCCGCACCUCAGGUAGGGUUGUCCAAACGGAUAAUCAUGAUAGGAAUAAGGGAAGAUAUGGCUGAACAAAUGGAAACUCAAAUGUUUGAAAAAACAGUUUGGGUCAAUCCGAGAUUCUACAGCCCUGACGAAGAAAUUGAAGAGGGUUGGGAGCAGUGUAGGUCCGUUAAAAACUACGUCGGCCUCGUGCCCCGUUACAAGAACGUUGUUUACAGCGGGUUUCACGAGGAUGGUCGGCCAAUCAGAGGUAGAGCUAGUGGGUUCGCAGCAAGAAUUAUCCAGCAUGAGAUCGAUCACUUGGAUGGCAAACUGUUUAUUGAUCGUAUUCCGAGAGAAAAAUUGAUGACGGAAGACGAGUACAUGAAGGAGUUUCAUAGUCCAGAUGAACGGAUGGAGAAAGAAAUUGAUGGUCCGUCAGUACCAGCGUUCCCUAAGUUUGAAUCUAAGUUUGCCCUUUGCUGAUUCAGAAGCUGAGUGAAUCCAAGACGCUGCAACUACAAAUGAAGACAAUGGAAAGAUCAUGGUAAGAGUAAGAGUGGGAACAGUAUACUGUACUUGAUCAAGAAAUGAGCAUCAAUAUUGUCAAUACAUUCCACUUCCAUAAGGGGAAAAGUUAUGUCGGUUUGAGUUAUAUAUUAUUGCUAAAAAUUAAAUAUGCAGUAAACAUUUUUGUGUUUGUGGGUUUUAAAACUACACAAUCAAAAAUGUUACAUUUAGUGAAACGACAAGACCAACUUUACACACAACUUUUUUUAAUUCAACUUAAGCUCUAAAUCAGAUUGAGAAAAAAUCUACUUUCCUCGUAUGAAUUGGUUAUGAUUUCUUCAAUCAGAUUAAAAGAACUGGUCAUAUU